AGCCGGGCCCAGCAACCCGAGCGGAGGCGGCCGCGGCAGCCUGGCGCUGAAUGGGCUGGCGGCGCCCGGCUCCGUCCUGCCCGCGGCCGGCCCCCGCGUCUGCUCCCUCCCCGCCCGGGCCCCUGUCGGCCGCUGCCAGUCCCCGCCCCGACUGUGAAUGAAAGGCGGGCGCCGCCGAGGGCUGGCUGGGAACGCCGCAGCGACGCCGGCCUCCCAGGAGGCGCGCGCCCCGCCGAGAUGUACGGUGUGUGUGGCUGCUGUGGUGCCCUACGCCCCAGGUACAAAAGACUGGUUGACAACAUCUUCCCUGAGGAUCCCGAGGAUGGUCUGGUGAAGACCAACAUGGAGAAGCUGACCUUCUAUGCCCUCUCAGCUCCAGAAAAACUUGAUCGUAUUGGCGCCUACCUCUCUGAGAGGCUCAUCCGUGAUGUGGGUCGCCAUCGCUAUGGGUACGUGUGCAUUGCUAUGGAGGCUUUGGACCAGCUGCUCAUGGCCUGCCACUGCCAGAGCAUCAAUCUCUUCGUGGAGAGCUUCCUCAAGAUGGUGGCCAAGCUGCUGGAGUCGGAGAAACCCAACCUGCAGAUCCUCGGCACCAACUCGUUUGUGAAGUUUGCCAACAUCGAGGAGGACACCCCGUCCUAUCACCGGAGCUAUGACUUCUUUGUGUCCCGAUUCAGUGAAAUGUGCCACUCAAGCCACGAUGACUUAGAAAUCAAGACCAAAAUUCGAAUGUCAGGCAUCAAAGGCCUGCAAGGGGUGGUGAGGAAGACGGUGAAUGAUGAACUGCAGGCCAAUAUCUGGGACCCACAGCACAUGGACAAGAUCGUCCCAUCGCUGCUUUUCAAUCUGCAGCAUGUAGAGGAGGCAGAGAGCCGGUCUCCCUCACCCCUCCAAGCACCCGAGAAGGAGAAAGAGAGCCCCGCGGAGCUGGCUGAGAGGUGCCUUCGGGAGCUGCUGGGCCGGGCUGCCUUUGGCAACAUCAAAAACGCCAUCAAGCCUGUUCUCAUCCAUCUGGAUAACCAUUCUCUUUGGGAACCCAAGGUGUUCGCCAUCCGUUGCUUUAAAAUCAUCAUGUACUCAAUUCAGCCGCAGCACUCGCACCUGGUCAUCCAGCAGCUCCUGGGCCACCUGGACGCCAACAGCCGCAGCGCCGCGACGGUGCGUGCAGGCAUCGUGGAAGUCUUGUCGGAAGCCGCGGUCAUCGCUGCCACCGGCUCUGUGGGGCCCACGGUGCUGGAGAUGUUCAACACGCUGCUGAGGCAGCUGCGGCUCAGCAUCGACUACGCACUGACCGGGAGCUACGACGGGGCGGUCAGCCUUGGCACCAAGAUCAUCAAGGAGCACGAGGAGCGCAUGUUCCAGGAGGCCGUCAUCAAGACCGUAGGCUCCUUUGCCAGCACGCUGCCCACCUACCAGCGCUCCGAGGUGAUCCUCUUCAUCAUGAGCAAGGUCCCGCGGCCGUCCCUGCACCAGGCGGUGGACACGGGCAGGACGGGGGAGAAUAGGAACCGUCUGACCCAGAUUAUGCUGCUAAAAUCCCUCCUGCAGGUAUCCACAGGUUUCCAGUGCAACAACAUGAUGUCAGCCCUGCCCAGCAACUUCCUGGACCGCCUUCUCUCCACCGCCCUCAUGGAGGAUGCAGAAAUUCGACUCUUUGUUCUAGAGAUUCUCAUCAGUUUCAUUGAUCGUCAUGGCAACCGCCGCAAGUUCUCUACCAUCAGUACCCUCAGUGACAUCUCUGUCCUGAAGCUGAAAGUGGACAAGUGCUCUCGACAGGACACCGUCUUCAUGAAGAAGCACUCCCAGCAGCUCUACAGACACAUCUACCUGAGCUGCAAGGAGGAAACAAACGUGCAGAAACACUACGAGGCGCUCUAUGGCUUGCUGGCCCUCAUCAGCAUCGAGCUGGCUAACGAGGAGGUGGUGGUGGACCUCAUCCGUCUGGUGCUGGCUGUUCAGGACGUGGCCCAGGUCAAUGAGGAAAACUUGCCUGUCUACAACCGCUGUGCCCUCUACGCUCUGGGCGCAGCCUACCUGAACCUCAUCAGUCAGCUCACAACAGUGCCUGCCUUCUGCCAGCACAUCCAUGAGGUGAUAGAGACCAGGAAGAAAGAGGCUCCAUACAUGCUCCCCGAGGAUGUGUUUGUGGAGAGACCCAGGCUGUCUCAGAAUCUUGAUGGGGUGGUGAUUGAGCUCCUCUUCCGCCAGAGCAAGAUCAGUGAAGUCCUGGGAGGCAGUGGCUACAAUUCGGACCGGCUCUGCCUGCCCUACAUCCCUCAGCUGACAGAUGAGGAUCGCUUAUCUAAGAGGAGGAGCAUUGGGGAGACCAUCUCCCUGCAGGUGGAGGUGGAAUCGAGGAACAGCCCGGAGAAGGAGGAGCGAGUGCCUGCCGAGGAGAUCACCUAUGAGACACUGAAGAAAGCCAUUGUGGACAGCGUAGCAGUGGAGGAGCAGGAGCGUGAGCGGCGGCGGCAGGUGGUGGAGAAGUUCCAGAAGGCACCCUUCGAGGAGAUUGCUGCACACUGCGGGGCCCGGGCAUCGCUGCUCCAGAGCAAACUCAAUCAGAUCUUUGAAAUCACCAUCCGGCCCCCACCAAGCCCAUCAGGAACCAUCACUGCAGCCUACGGUCAGCCGCAGAACCACUCCAUCCCCGUCUACGAAAUGAAGUUUCCCGAUCUGUGUGUAUACUGAAUUCCAAGAGCCGGAGCUCCUCAAGGAGAUGGGGUCUGAGGAGGGGCUCACCUCACGCCCACCCCGACCACAUGGAGAUCUGGCUGGGAUCUCUGAGAAAACGUCACCUUGGAUGGCAGCGCCUCCCAGGCUAAGCCAAAGUGGAGACUCUCCGAUCCUUCUUGGCCCUCCUACCUCCUCCUCGUCUUCCCUGAGGGAGGUCUCACCAAUCAGCGUCUCACCUGUGCCCUCUUUGUCUUCUCUUGUGUCAGCCAGGGGCAGAGAAUCGUGGGGUGUCUCUCAGGAGAAGCUGGGGAGAGGGGGCUGAGAAGCUCCUGCUUGGUGUUUUGAGUGAAAGGCAUGUCCUCCCCAGGGGAGGGAACUGGAUGGAGACUUGGUUGGUGAGAGGAAGCUAAGGACUCUACUCCCCUGGGAAAGGAAGCUGAGAUGGGGAUGGCUCUCUCCUCCCUGGCACUCCCCCUGCUCCCCGCCCAUGUCCCUGCUGUGUCUCACUCUCUUGCUCAUCUCCCAGUUGUCUGUUCAUGUUUCUUUCUACUAUUAAUGAAUGCUGAGCCCUUAUAACAGGAGCUGGGGUGGAGACACCACGAGGGGUCGGGGGACAGCAAAGGGCAGGAAGCAGGAUGCAGGGCUGGCAGGAGGUGGGCCCGUGGCAUCAGCAGGCCCAGCGGGCGAGUGUGGUCCCUGUAGCAGCUUCUCACCUCCUUUGUUCGUAAGGAGCUUGUGUUGGCCUCCCACAGUCCUGUCUGCUGGAUGUUUUUCAGAGUUGGGUUCUCUCUCUUUGAUGUCUUUCUUCUGAGGGUCCCAAGGUGUUCCUGGAGCCUCUGGGUUGAGGAAAAGCAGAGCAAGAUAAUCUUGGAGGGGAACUGCAGGGUCCCCAAGAUUUGCCUACAUCACCUCCUAUGGAAAAGGCUCCCAGCCUGACCUGGGUUGUAGGAGAGUGGGGAGGGUGGGAUGAGUGGCAUUUUGGGGCUCAAGGAUAUCAGAAGCCAACUUUUUGGAUGUUCCGUUUGAAGAAAGAAGGAUCUAACACCUAAUAUUGGAAUGAUUUCUUUACUCUCUGGACAAAGUGUGGGACAUCAGCACCACCUGGCAAUGCUUGUGGCUUGGGAGGGGCCGUGGAGACCCCUUUGGGUUCUGGGUUCCUGUUUUCCUGGUGUGCCGUCUAUGUCUCUGUGUAAUGAGGAUGUGCAGAGAGGAGCUAACGCGGAGCUGGGCAGAGCCAUCCAGGAGGCAGUUUGCUGCCUUCUUUGCCAAUUCCCCUUCCCGGCCCCUCCUCCAGGUGCCUUUGUGUCUCCCAGGGUGCCACUGACAGAACCUCACCUGGGGCUCCUCCCAUGGCAGUGUCGUGUGGUCCAAAAUUGCCCUUUCCUUCUCCGUUAGUCACAUUUCCCGUAACUCCUCCGAGCCAACAUAACCUACAGUAAGAUGUGAGUGUCAGAUGUUCUCUCCCUGGAGUCUGCUUUCCAAAGGAGGCAGGGUGAGUAGAUUUCUUGAUCCAAAGGAAUCCAUUUUUAAUUUUUUUUUUCUAGAGAUGGGGGUCUCACUAUGUUGCCCAGGCUGGCCUCGAAAUCCUGAGUUUAAGUGAUUCUCCCGCCUCAGCCUCCUGAGUAGCUGAGAAUCCCUUUUUAGGGUACAAUUUCAGGCAGUGUGGCAUGGAAUCAGAAGCAGGCUGUUUCUCCUAAGGGGAGGGCAGGCUUCUCAGGAUGGCCUCAGCUCAUAUUCCCACGUGUGGUGCGCACGGAUGCGCAGGGAGGACCUGAUUGUUAGGUGGAUGUAUUUUCCAGAAUCGGGGAGAGACUGAACACGAGCAUUUCCCAUUAAUAGGUACAAUAAAUGUCUUGGAGAAGGGGCUAUUUGACCCUCAUUCCCAUAGUUUCGGCACUUCAGAUGGAGCUCUUCCCUGUGGUCACCAUCUCUGCUGUGGGCACGCGGCUUUUUUUUUUUUUUUUUUUUUGUUGAGACAGAGUCUUGCUCUGUCGCCCAGGCUGGAGUGCAAUGGCGUGACCUUGGCUCACUGUGACCUCUGCCUCCUGGGUUCAAGCGAUUCUCCUGCCUCAGCCUCGUGAGUAGCUGGGAUUACAGGCGUGCGCCACCACACGUAGCGAAUUUUGUGUUUUUAGUAGAAAUGAGGUUUCACCGUGUUGGCCAGGCUGGUCUGGAACUCCUGAUUUCAAGCGAUCCGCCCGCCUUAGCCUCUCAAAGUGCUGGGAUUACGGGCGUGAGCCACUGCUUCUGCUUGGCACGCAGCUUCUGAAUGGCCUGAGUGAGGGCAGGGCCCAGGCAUGGAGGCUCCUGCACCCCCAAGGCUUUUUGGCUGUGCUUUAUGGCCUCUGGCUUAUACUCAACCCAAUUUUACAAGCAUGAACUUAGACUUCUCUUUAGUAUUUAUAUAUUUAAAAACCAAGUUUAAAUUAACUCAAACUUGACAGCAACCAACCUCUGAAAGAAACUUUAAAGAAAAUUGAAAUCUUGAGCCACAAACAUGUUCUUUCCUCACUAGCUCCUCCCAGGUUUUAUCCUGCGCCCAGCUUGGAUGAGAGACCCACUGUUUCUUGGGCCUACUUGACAUUAGGGUUCCCCAUGGCAGCUUCAUCCUGAGCACUGCCUGUGAGCCCUGGUUCUGGGACUUGGCAGUCGCCUCCCUGGAGCAUCUUUCCAGAGCCAGCAUUAGAACCAGAGACCCCCAGAUGUUUCUGCCCCUCAUCCCCAUCCUGUGAAUAGAGAGACAGAAAAGGUGCAGGUUCCCAUUCUGCAUAGAUUCUGCUGUUCCUCUCCAUCUGUCCCAGGCAGCUUUUCCUUUCCAUCACUGUCGCUUAGCAAAAAUGUGCUUCUUUUGAAGAACUGGUCAUUUUUUGAGUGCCCUCUUCUCAGUUUCGUUUAAACUUACACUCAGCAGAGUGUUGGGUUGUCCGCUGACAUGGAGUAGAACCUGGAUUGUGGCCAAAUAGGCCAGAAUCAGAAAGGUGAAGGUGAGUGUGAUAGUAGGUAAUCUCACCCUAGCACAGGCCCUGGGAGAGAGGCAAAGCAGUUUGAUGGGAUCUGGAGGGGAGGGAGGUACCCUGGCCCUUUGUCUAGCAUCAGUGAGUCCUGCCCUUCCAAGCCCCUGGAGGCUAGUGGCACUGCAUUGUGCCCCUUUUUGCCACCCUUCUCUGAUGUGAUUUUGAGCGAAGAGGAGUCAGUAAGCCCAUUGAGACCGGCUGCUCCCAAAGCCCGAGGACUCUAGCUCUGUGGGGAAGGGCUAGCAUUGGUCAGGACUCUGCUGACAGCACUGAGUAGGCAGGAAUGUAUUUGAGAUUUGGAAGUACUGUUAAUUUGGUGGAGUCAGGUGAAUGGAUAAGAAGCAGAUCUGCAGAAAGCAUCAGUGUGGUCCCGAGGCUCCCUCUGUUUUCCUUGCCAUGGAGUCCCCAGCGCCUUGUGCCUGUUUCCAUUUCCCUCUCUCUUUGAAAAGUAGAAACAGUGGUUUCUUGACUCCUAAACAGCCUCCUCACUAUAGAAGGAGCCUGAGCAGGUCAGAAGAACUAGAAAAGUCCUCAGAUACCCCCCUCUGUCCAGCCCCCUUUCCCAUACAUAAAUAUAAAUGGAUGAGCAGGAAAAGAGGAGGCCUGGACCCACUAAAGUACUUGAAGAAGCACAAGUGUCGUAGAUGUGCCGCCCUUUGCCCUGGGUGUUCUAGAUCCCAUAGAACACGUUUCAGCUGGACUAAGCAUCAGAAUAGCCAGGGGUUCUUCUGAACAGCUCAGGCCAGACCUCUGGGCUCCUCUGGGGGCCCUGGGACAUGAUGGCUUGCAGUUUCCAUUCCAUUGUCCCCAGGCCUCCUGACCUGGUGACAGAGAGUGCCCUAGAGAAGUGAGUCUAUUAUUCCUCUUCAUGACCAGAAAAUGGCAGCUGGCCAGUUGGGGUCCUGUGGGAAAGAGCUAACCUGGGCUGUUAGGUAGAUACUAGGUUUAAAGGUAGACAGGGAGAUGGCAUCAUCAGGGCAGGCCAGGCCCACUUCCUGUGACCCCAGACCUUGGCAGGCGGGUCGUGCUGAAACCAGGCACCUCCCUCACACCUGGGGAAAGGUUUAGGGCAACAUGUUGCCUCUUCAUCCCAUUAACCCUAGAAAUCUUCUGGUUAGAGUGGCCCUUACCCCACAUCUGGCCUAGGUCUGAAGACUGCAGGAUAGUCAUGAUGGGCCCAUCCUAGAGCCUGGCUAGCUGGAAGACGGGGUAUGGCAGGGACAGGAGGGCGGCAGGAAGGGCUUUGUGGCCCUGCUGGGGCCCCUUUAGUCCCAGCCUGGCUGGCCAGGUCUCCUGUACUUCAGGGGACCAUGGGGCCCCCCAAGCCAGUCACCUUCCCCUUCCAAGCUCUCCCCCCAUGACUAUAGAUUUCUGGCACGUGGAGGCAGAGUUGUGAAUCCACAAAUGCUGUAGCCCAUACCUCGUAAUGUGUGUGUGUCCACUUAGAGCCUCACAACCUGGCUGUGUGUGUGCAUGUGUGUGUAGUAUAGUUUGUAAUUGACAAUAUGUGUAUAUAAUAGCUGGUGUAUUUAUAUGUGAGUGCAGAAUUAGUGCCCGUGGCGGUUUUGUGUAUUUUAAACCCAUUGAAUUGAUUAGUUUUAUUUUAGGGAAGUGGAAAGGGGGAGUGGGAGAAGUAUAGGAAGAAGGAUUCUUAGCAAAAUCAUUCUCUAGGACUAUUAGUCGCGAUCUCUCAGUGAGCCAUCAUGAUGCCCUUUUCAAAUAAAUGUUAAUGUUGUCACCA